AUGUCCAUGCUUCUCCCAACGUCCUCAUGCAGCCGCUCCGGCUCCCUCCCCUUCAGCUACCUCCUCCGCCCUUCCCCUCGCCUCUUCACCUGGUGGGGAGAGUUACCUGGUGGGAAGGGUUACCUGGUGUGGGGGGGGGUACCUGGGGAGGAGGGUUACCCUUUUUACUCGAAUCAUGGAGAUGGUUACCUGGAAGCAAGAGCCGCAUACUUGGUGGGCAGGAUGAGUCACUUGCUGUGCGGCAGCAGGGCGAGCAACCGACCUGUUUCAGCCACUGCUGGUAGCACCCUGCCCUUUGAUGAUGUGAUGCCACCUGGUGGGAUGUUGAGGGGAGGCAUUAUGGCAUGGAAGGGUGGAGGCAUGGAUGGAGGCAUGGAUGGAGGCAUGGAUGGAGGCAUGGAUGGAGUCAUGGAUGGAGGCAUGGAUGGAGGCAUGGAUGGAGGCAUGGAUGGAGGCAUGGAUGGAGGCAUGGAUGGAGGCAUGGAUGGAGGCAUGAAUGGAGGCAUAGAUGGAGGCAUGGAUGGAGGCAUUGAUGGAGGCAUAGAUGGAGGCAUGGAUGGAGGCAUUGAUGGAGGCAUGGAUGGAGGCAUGGAUGGAGGCAUGGAUGGAGGUAUGGAUGGAGGUAUGGAUGGAGGUAUGGAUGGAGGCAGGGAACUGUGCAAGCUCUCAAAACCGGACCACACUAAUGCCACUCCCUCCUACAAUAAGGCCAUUGUUGACAAGUCCGCCUACCAGCAGGGUGGGCAUGGGGAUGGAUCGCAGUACGGCAUCCGACAGACCUGA